GUUGCCGCCAUUUCACGUGAAAGCAGCGCGACGGAGGCGACGGAGACAACGAACAACUGAAAAAAUCUGCCAGAAUUUAAACCAAAAUCCACAAACUGCGAGAUCAAUAAUUCAUCAGUGACCGGUUAACUACCAGUUGGGCCCAACGGGUGUCGAUUCUUCGGUGCGCUGCGUCUCUGCAAAGAGACGGAACAACCGGAGCGACGGAGGAGAAUAUGAGCUACGGCAGAGCCCCACCGGACGUGGAGGGGAUGACCUCGCUGAAAGUAGACAACCUGACCUACCGGACGUCCCCGGAGACUCUGCGCCGGGUGUUCGAGAAGUACGGCCGCGUGGGAGACGUGUACAUCCCGCGGGAUCGCUACACCAAGGAGAGCCGCGGCUUCGCCUUCGUGCGGUUCCUCGACAAGCGCGACGCCGAGGACGCGAUGGACGCGAUGGACGGCGCGCUGCUCGACGGCCGGGAGCUCCGGGUGCAGAUGGCCCGCUACGGCCGCCCUCCGGACUCCAUGUACAGCCGGAGAGGAGCUCCACCACGCCGCUACGGAGGAGGCUACGGAGGGCGCAGGAGCAGGAGCCGGUCAGCCAGUCCUCGCCGCCGCAGACGUAGCCGCAGCCGCUCCAGGAGCCGAAGCCGAUCCCGAUCCAGGAGCCGCCACCACUACAGCCGCUCCAGGUCUCACUCCGACUCCAGGUCCAAGUCACGGUCCAGGUCCAAAUCCAAGUCCAACAAGUCCAAGUCUAAAUCCAAAUCCAAGUCCAAGUCUAAAUCCAAGUCCAAGUCCAGGACCCCCAGACGGAGCAAGACAAAGUCUCCCUCCCGGUCUCGCUCCUCCAAGUCCAAGUCUAAGUCCAAGUCCAAGUCCAAGUCCAGGAGUCGAUCCCCGCCUUCCAACAGAGGGUCCAAAUCGCGGUCCCGCUCCAAAUCCAAGAGUAGGCCUAAAUCUCCAGAAGACAACGGAGCAGAAACUUAAUCCAGACGUGGACACAACAUGACGCUGCGGAGUCCUGUUUGCAAAGAGAGGAGGAGGAGUUGGAGGAGAUGGGGGUGUGGCAGUGUGAGAGCAGUUAGUGUGUGACCCGCCCAUGUGACCUGCCUGUUGCUGAGAGCGAUGGCAGUUGCUAAGGAGCAGGUCACCGAGGCAACGGUGGUUGCGAUGGAGCAGGUCGUCAUGGCGGUGGUUCGGGCUGUCAGUUGGUGUAUGAGGUGGUGUGGUGAGGUACGUUUCGCGGGGAUCACAGGCAGAUGCGCUGAGCUCUGUUCCCACCUGUGCCAUGUGGGUUCCUCCGCCUCUCACAAAGGGAACGGACCCCGAGGUUUGUUUUUCAAAUUCGCCCGAGUGUAAGAGUCUUGUUAGAGCUAGUUUUUAUGAGAGAUGGGGGGUGCAGGGGCAAGAAAGGUGUGUAAACAAAUGUGAAAAUUACUAGAAAUGUUAGGUAUAACAUGCCCAGAAAAAAACAUGCAUAAAUGUUAGUGUCAGGGGAAAGAAGAUCAGACCAGUAUUGUAUUUAAAUAUCCAGGUCAGCUGCAGGAGUUGAGAACGCCAGUUUGUUUUGCAUUUCUUAACUCUACUCUGUCUUUUCGUUCCAGAUCUCAGAUGAUUGAGCCUUUGCUGAGGACAUCAGGAAGAGUCUCACAUUGAGCAAGGGGACUCCAUUAUUACCACUGAAUGCAGACUGAAAGGUUAUUUGGAGCUUGGUCUAAAAAUGUUUUAAAUUUGACAAACAAAUUCUGCAACUUUGAUGUGAUCAUUGUAAAGUUGAGCAUUUUGAAAGGGACUUGUAAGGUGUUCGCAUUUAAAUUGUUUUGUUUUUUUUUGCAUUUUGAUUACACUUGUACUUGUUAAUAAAUCCUUUUUUUUUUAAUUAACAUAGAUUUCUUUUAAUUAAAUCCCUUGUUUAACUCUUUCUAGAUGGAUAUGAAAGAGUUUUAUUUGGUCAUGUUGGAUGUUCAAAGCCUUAACAAACUGUUAUACCACUCUUUUUUUGGGGAAAAAAAUGGCUUACUGUACAGUAACAUAAAAGCAAAAACAUUAAAGUAUCGCUGCGCCACUUAAUUUGUGAUGUGCUAAUCUGGCAGCAUACAUUUUCUUUUCUGUCAAGUCUCUGUUUUCUGUCUGGUUAAAGUUGCUUUCCUAUGACUCUAACCCUCUUUCUUGUGUAUCUUUUGUGCACUAGGCGCAGUUGUGUAGCAGUUGAGUAAUGCUGGUUAGCUGUUAAGAUGCGGUGCAGUGCGGUGGUGACAUGGUGUGGCGUGUUGCGGUGCUGAGUGCCCGGCGCUGUUCCGGGGCUCGACCCUCCGCUGCCGUUUGCCGGUUUGUAAGCUCACAGGUGUGGCAGAUCAUCCAUCCUCUCCUGUCUUGUGACCUCUCCUUCCCUCCAUGUGCUGUACAGACUCUCUCCUCUUUCCUUUUCUCUUUAUUCUCCCUCCUCUCCUUUUUUCCCCUCCUCUGUGGUUUAUCCACUGUUGAUAACUGGUUCUGCUCGCUUUAAAAAAAAAAAAAAAAAAUUGGGUCCAGUGUGACUCGUAGUUGAAGGGUUUGAAGGGCAGCCAGGCUGCUUAAUGAAUGAUUUUUGUGUAUUUCAUUCCUCUGUGAACCUCUCAAAUGUCUUGUAAUUGCUUCAGGUGAAUGCUAAUAAACAUCUUUGUCGUUCA